UGUGUACGGGAUUUUCAGGAGGUUCUCAAUGAACUUUUAGGCGACAAAAGUCUGGAGAAAUUUAGGCUUGAAUAUGAGAAGCUUCAUGCUAUCAUGAAAAAGUCUUAUGAAAAUGAAAAGCGUCUGAUGGCCAAAUGCAGAGAACUGAACGCGGAGAUUGUGGUGAAUUCCGCGAAGGUCGCCACUGCCCUGAAGCUCUCUCAGGAUGACCAGACCACCAUUGCAUCCUUGAAAAAGGAAAUUGAAAAGGCCUGGAAGAUGGUGGACGCAGCCUACGAUAAAGAGCAGAAGGCGAAGGAGACGAUUCUUGCCCUGAAAGAGGAGAUCGUGAACUUAACCAAACUAGUCGAGCAAGGGUCUGGACUGACAAUGGACCAGGAUAGCAAUAUCCGAGAUUUACUGAAGUUCAAAGAAGAAGUGACAAAGGAGCGAGACCAGCUCUUGUCAGAAGUGGUGAAAUUACGGGAGUCCUUAGCUCAGACCACUGAUCGGCAGCUGAGUGCGGAACGAAGCCGGGACGAGGCAGAGCACGCCAUCAUGCAGUUCCAACAAGAAAUCCAGCAACGUCAGAAUGAAGCUUUGCGGGAGACUCGGAAGAAGGAAAAACUGGAGAAAGAGCUCAAGCAGAUUCAGACGGACAUGGACACCAGGCAGACGGAGAUCAAGGCCCUGCAGCAGUAUGUGCAGAAGAGCAAGGAGGAGCUGCAGAGGCUGGAGCAGCAGCUGAAGGAGCAGAAGAUAUUGAACGAGAGAGCUGCAAAGGAACUGGAGCAGUUUCAGAUGAGAAAUGCUAAACUUCAGCAAGAGAAUGAACAACACGCUUUGGUUUGCGAGCAGCUAUCCCAGGAAAACCAGCAGAAGGCAUUGGAGCUCAAAGCCAAAGAGGAAGAAGUUCAUCAGAUGCGCACUGACAUCGGGAAGCUCAACAAAAUCAGGGAGCAAAUCCAUAAGAAAUUACACCAGAUCGAAGACCAAAAGGCGGAAGUAGAACAGCACAAGGAAACGCUAAAAAGUCAGAUCUUGGGAUUAGAGAGAGAGGUGGAGGCUUCAAAGAAACUAGCAGAACUUGAUAAGAAAGCAAUGGACGAGCUUCUGAGAGAAAGGGACAUGUUAAAUAAGAAUAUGCUCAAGGCAAUCCACGCGACCCAGAAACAGGUAGACCUGGUGAAGCUCCAUGAACAAGCCAAGAGGAACUUGGAGGAGGAAAUCCAGAACUACAAAGAUGAGGCUCAGAAGCAGAGAAAGAUCAUCUUUCAACUGGAAAAGGACAGAGAUCGGUACAUCAAUGAAGCCAGUGACCUCACCCAAAAGGUCCUCAUGAACAUGGAAGACAUAAAAGUCCGCGAAAUGCAGAUUUUUGACUACAAAAAGAAAAUCGCUGAAUCAGAGACUAAAUUAAAACAGCAACAGAACCUGUACGAAGCUGUGAGGUCAGACAGGAAUCUGUACAGCAAAAACCUGGUGGAAGCUCAGGAUGAAAUAACAGAAAUGAAGAAAAAAUUAAAGAUUAUGACUCAUCAGGUAGAUCAGCUGAAGGAAGAAAUCUCUGCCAAAGAGUCAGCGCUCGUGAAGCUACAUCUGGAACAGCAGCGCAUAGAGAAGGAGAAGGAAACAUUGAAGGCCGAGCUGCAGAAGCUGAGACAACAAGCCCUGGAGACCAAACACUUCAUUGAAAAACAGGAAGCUGAAGAGCGAAAACUCUUGCGCAUUAUUGCCGAGGCUGAUGGGGAGAGGCUGAGACAGAAGAAGGAAUUAGACCAGGUCAUCGGCGAGAGAGAUAUCCUCGGGUCGCAGCUCGUUCGUCGCAACGAUGAGUUGGCUUUGCUUUAUGAGAAGAUCAAGAUCCAACAGUCGGUGCUGAAUAAAGGCGAGAUCCAGUACAACCAGAGGCUGGAGGACAUGAGGAUCCUCAAGCUUGAGAUCAAGAAGCUUCGCCGGGAAAAGGGGAUUCUUGCCAGGAGUGUGGCUAAUGUCGAGGAACUCAGGCAGGAGCUUUUCCACAUGCAGAGGGAGUUCAUCAAGGAGCGGACACGCUGCCGCGCGCUGGAGGAGGAGCUGGAGAACCCCAUGAACGUGCACAGGUGGAGGAAGCUCGAGGCCAGUGACCCCACUACCUAUGAGCUGAUAGAGAAAAUUCACACCCUGCAGAAGCGUCUCAUCAGCAAGACAGAAGAGGUGGUGGAGAAAGAGCUGCUCCUCCAGGAAAAGGAGAAACUGUAUGUGGAACUAAAGCACAUCCUGGCCCGGCAGCCCGGGCCCGAGGCCGCAGAGCAGCUGCAGAUCUACCGCCAGACGCUGCAACAGAAGACCAAGCAGCUUAAAGUUUUGUCUUCAGAAUUGAAUAUGUAUGAAUCACAGAGCGAAGAGUAUAAGUAUGAGCUGGGAAAACUUAGCAAUGAACUAAUGAAUUUAAAGAAGAAAUACCUCGCUCAGAAACGUAAAGAGCACCUUCAGAAACACAAGGACAAAACAUCCAUGGACGUCGCCAUCCCACUGGGCAAACCAACUGGCCCUCGUUUUACUGGGGGUGGCUUUCCCCUCAGCAAAUCACCCCAAGUGCAAUCCUAA